AUGGUACACGACUCAUACAUUGUUGGUUAUAAUACACAUCAGAUCCAGGAGGACAAUGGUGAUUGUGACAGUCCUGACAAGACAAGUAGAUCCCCAGACAGUCCCAGCCUCUUUAUAAUGUCAUCUGAUAAACAGUGUAUCCUUGAUGACACUGACCAGGAACUGCAGCAUGCUAGUACCAUGUCAACGGGAUCUAACUCGUCAACGACGACAAGUUGUGUCAGAGUGGACAUAGGAGACAUGGAUGGCGAGGAAAGUAUGAACCUGACAACCACCUCCCUAAAGCUAUGUAAGAGACAGGUAUUACGGCCAUACUGGAGACUCCUCAUGUUUAUUGGAUGGCGGGGUUUUGGUCGUGAAUCAAUAAACUCUGGACACCGUGGCUGGUAUUAUCUGAACAUUUUUUACCCAGUGUUCAUAGUGAUACUUCUGUUGUAUACAUAUGUCUAUGAGGUAGUAGCUUGUCAGUGGAAACUCAACAUCCACAAGGAUACUCAGUUCGUGCCUACAACAACAUUACCACCGUUUACAACAACGGUGUCCAAUACAACGCCACCAGUCAUACAUGAAAUGACUUUCUCGCCUGCGGAGAGCAUCAUCCCCGCCAUGAAUCUCACAAAAAAACACCAUGCCCACUCCCACCCUCCAGAGGCAUGUGAACACAUCAUUACCACAUAUGUCAUCCCCAAUGUACUGCACUUCAUCGCCUUCAUUAUGGGCAUGUAUCAUUUUCGUAUACAGGAAAAUGAGCAGCUGUAUGCACUUAUGGAAAAAGUUUUUUUACAAGCCACACCGCUCUAUAACAGAUCUAUAUCACAACAGAAAAUGAUCCGAAAACUGAGAUUGUUCCUGGCGGUAGGGGGGAUCUGGGUGGGGAUCACAUUGGGCAUGCAAGGCCUAUAUGAAUGGGCUUUUGACUUUCCCGCUUUGGCAUUUUUCCGUAAAACAGGAAAUGUCGUCCAUUGGGUCCUGUUCUUUGUGGAACUACUUGGCAUCAUGGUCCUUAAUUCUGUGUCACUUGCGGUCAUUGCUAACUAUGUGACACAGUGCGAAAUGACCUUGUUCUAUAUACGUGGACUGGCCCUCCGACUCCAGGAGAAAUCUACAGAGAUUAAAGCGGCCAUGAAGGAUUUAUUUGUAGUAAAACAGAAUUUGAGUUUGCUGAAUGGACCCAUUGCACGAAUGACGUCUCUGAUAGUUAUGAUAUUUGCGGAGUUGAUUAUUAUUGGUAUCAGUAUAUUAGUCCUGAACAAAAAUGACUCGCCUAAAGUCUGGAGUUAUAGGUGUAUAUUUCCGUUUGUGUGGACCUGUAUGCUCGUCUGUCCUCUUUAUCAGGCAGCCAAAGUGAACUCUGUGUGUAAUGGUAUAAAGAAGAUCGCAGUGGAGAUGAGAGUAUUUGGGUACAAGGGAUCAUCUCAACUAGAACUUGACUCAUUUCUGGGAUUUGUGAGUCAAGUACGACUAAAGGCUAAGAUAUUCAGCAUACCAAUCAUGCCAUCCUACCUCAUCUCUAUAAUAGUGCUGACAUCGUUCAUCCUCCUCAUCCUCUUCCAGACCAGCAUCAUCGGCCCCGUAAACUACUGGUUCUAACUGCAGUCACAGACAUCAUCGGCCCCGUAAACUACUGGUUCUAACUCAAGUCACAGACGUCAUGGGCCCCAUAAACUACUGGUUCUAUCUCCAGUCACAGACAUCAUGGGCCCUGUAAACUACUGGUGCUAUCUCCAGUCACAGACA